UGUGGGAAUGAAGGUGAACACAGAUGUUUGCAGUAAUGACAAAGGUGUUUUAAGAGUGGAUGCAAAUCGGCGUACAUUUAGGCGAAAAAUAGACAAUUCGGCGGAUAUUUAGGAGUUUAAAGAGCUUUGUUUCAAAAGAAGUUAGGAUUUCAUGUCUUGUUUUCACAUCAUAUUUGAACUACGAGAUGUUACAGAAAUUCCCUCCUUUUCAAUCCCUAAUAUAUUCAGCUCUGAUUGGAGCUGUUGUUAUAACUCAAAUGACACUGCAAUUGACGUGCAGAAUACCAAGAUUUUGUGGCACCACGCGACACAUCUCAUUUUCUCCAGUUUUAUUCAAACAACCGUUUCAUGACAGACUACGAUCUAAAAGGGCCAACCCACCACCACACCAUUCACUCCCUUUUUAUGAUGAAGCACCAACUGAUAGCUUCCCGAGUAAACAAGUGGAUAUUGUUGGUCAAUGGGGUUCUACCGACAGUAGUAUAAAGAAAUUAAGGUUUCGUCAUGGUGAAUUCCUAAAAACUAUACCAACGUCAUUUGAAAAACUCCAUGAGUUGUAUCAUCUUGAGGAUAACAUGUGGUUUCAUUCCAUUGAUAUUCCUUUACAACAUUCUGAAAUGUUAGAAUUUUCUCAAUUUGUUACACGUACAAAACUCAUCCCAUGGAUACCAGAGUCAUACGACAGCAACCCAAUUUUGUCGAGUUAUUUAAAGUAUCUUUUUUCUGAAGAGUUACAUUCGGUCAACAGUAAGCCUGUUAAUAUCCAUGAUCAAAGUGUUAAUGGACUUAAUGUACGCGCAGAUUAUCGGCGCAAAAAAAUAUCAAUGAUUAUGGAAACCGUAUAUCGGUCAUUUUUAUCUGCUGGGACAGAAUCACUAGUUAAUGAGUUAUCCACACAAAUUGAUGAACGUGGUACCAUAGAAAUGUUUUUAAAACGACUAGUCGAUCAUAAAGUAUUCGAAAACGAGGAUGUCAAUGAAGAUGUUUAUGAACCCGUAAACGAGACAAUUGUUGACGUCGAGCGUUGUGUACAUUAUCGUAUUCGGUCUGAGUUAGCUUGGCAGUUACGGGGACCAUUUCCUUUAAAGCCUCAUUUUAAUUUAGACGAUCCAAUUUGCUUUCUGGAAAACCCUAUUGUAUGCAAUUAUCGCCCAGAAGCAUUUGAUUUACAACUUGUCGAGUGUUAUAAUUUCAAUUGUUUACCAUUUGCAAGAACGAUCGAUUUUUCCGAAUUCGCUCGAUCAAUUGCAGGCUAUUGGGCUCGUACACCAUUCUGGGAAGGAGAUCCUUGUGAAUUUGGUUUACUUGGAGUUCUUGAUUUAAAUCGUUCUGAAUGUGUACGAAAUGAAAUUAGUUGUUCUCAUCUUCCAGAUAGUGUAAAAAAUGAUAUUUUAAUACGACAUGGAAUUGCUGAGGGUAUUCUUACAGCAUUUGCAUGGGCUUCAGCCCAAGCUUACAAUCAAGGUUUUACUUUAUAUAAUGAGUUAACUUAUCCAUUUUGCGUUCAACUAAUUCUAAUGGAUGGGAACUAUAUUCAAUUGUUACGCUUUCAAUUGAAUUCAAUAACAUCGUUAUGGAAAGCCGAGAAUUCAAUGUUACCAUAUAAUUUAGCUUGGUAUUCUCCACGGGUAGAAUUGUGUAAAUUACAAUCGGAUUUAGAACAUAACAAAACAUUCACUGUAAAUAAUGAAGCUAUCUCACUCUUAACAUCUGCUAUGUUGCAUCCUGUGGAUAAAAUUACUUCUAGCGAGUCACUUCGUCCUUAUCUUGCUGACGGAAUAGCACCAAGAAACUAUCUUAUAGAUAAAUCAUCAGCUAAACAUUUAAUCCCAUCUUCUGAAGAAGAUAAUUAUCACGAGAAAUUUGGGGAUAUAAGCAGAUUGCAACUUAGUGAAACAGAAAGGAAAGCCUUAAAAUCUAGUGGCGAAUUAACCAAAUCAAAGAAAUCAACGCGUUUGUAUACUUCAAAACGUCCACAUCCAAAUGAUAUAUUCUUUUUUAAAUUAACAGACAGGAAGACUCUUAUAAAUGAAAUCAAAGAAGAAAUGCCUGAUUUCGGCGGACCAUUUGGAAGAGUUCCAGAGCCUUAUGAUAGUAAAUUAAAAGAAUAUCAAGCGUUCAAACGUCAUUCACAACCACGAUUACGUGUUCAGCCUCCUCCACGUCGUUGGCGUUGAUUAACCUCAGGCACUUCAAUUCAAUAAUUACUUGUAAUAGUUUCUUGGAUAUUGUAAAACAGAAUAUAACUGUAUAGAAAUAUGAGUUUUAUUUGCACUUCAAUGUUUUUUUUUGUUAGUCAAUGUAAUAGUUAUGAAAGGACUAAUUGUAUUGAUCGUCAUUUUUUUGAAUUGCCUUAGACAAAAUUCAACGUUUUACUUUUUAUUAGAAAGAAGGGUAACUUUAUUACACCAAUUAUUUUGUUCUAUUGAACAUUAUUUCAGCCUCUAUUUUAUAUAAUUUUGUUGUGUAUAGAGUCCCAGCGAUAACGUCACGUUUCUAAUUCAUUUCUAGUUGGGUUUUUAUAGAUUUCGCUAAUUAUAUUAAUUGUCGUCGCUAUCCUGAAAUCAUAGGUGUCAUUUAAAAUUUCAAUAUUAUGCUCAAUAAGAAAGAGUUUAUACUUGAACAGUAAGUAAAUUGGCUUCUCGUACCUGUUGCAUUUCAGUGACUCAUAUUUGUGAUAUCGGAUCUACUAAUGUGUACGUUUCCCUUCUUUUAUUUCGGAAAUAUGUUAAGUUUUCGUUUAGUCAGUGACGCAUCAUUAUUAACUUUUCUGCAUUGGUGGUACAGUAAAUGCGUCAAUCACUUGGAUUCUUAUUGAUCACUCUAUGUUAUAAAAGUGAAAAGGUUGUGGUUACACUUCUGAUUAUAUGUCUAGCCUACAACCCAACUAGUUGGAGCAGGAUAAACUUACAGCCAAGUAUGAUAAUGUAACUUAAUUUGACCCAAACUCUAUGCAAACACACUGUACUGUAAACUGGCAUUUUGCAUUUAUAUGCAGAUCUUAACAAUCACUUGAUUAAAGUAUUUACAAUUUUUCAAUAAUUCAUUCAAGGUCGACAGCAAUGAACGCAAGCUAGGGACAUUUUUGUUCCACUCAAAUAACAAUAAGUAAUAGAUCAGUAUCUCUUUCUGGUAAUCAUCAAUUCUAUUGGAAAUAGGAGAGAAAUUAGUAGUAUAUUUGGUAAUUAAUUAGACUUGUCUUCUCAUCUCACUUUUACAUUGAUUGUUCUCUCUUGUAAUCAACAAGAUUUAAUGACUGAUGGAUGUAUUGAAGCAAUCAUAAAAUAAGUGUUUAUAUUCGAAUUUGUGUGUGACUGUAGUUUUUUGUGCCUACGAUUUUCUUAGUCUGUCCAACUGAUAAGUAUGGAUUUGUAUGUUCAUUCCCCUGUUAUGUCAAAUAUUUUUUAGUAGAAAAAUAAAUGUUAAUUUAGCCAUAAUUAUCAUCAUUUAAUCCCUCAAUUACGUGGUGGCAAUGAAGUUAAUUAGAGUGCUAGAUAACUUGUUUGGAUAUAUUAUAUUCUGAAUCAAUAAUUGACGUGUUAGGGAGACCCAGAAUAUUCC